AGGCGCGGACACUGCGGCGCCGGUGACGUGACGGCGUGGGCUCUGAUCGCAGCCGCGCUUCUCCCAUCGCUUCGCGCGAUCCACGGCGGCGGCGACAGCGGCAGCGGCGUUGACCGAGAGAGAGAGGCCGGACCCACACCACACGAAGCCGCGAUGCUCAUCAAGGUCAAGACGCUCACAGGGAAAGAGAUUGAAAUUGACAUAGAACCAACGGACAAGGUGGAGCGGAUCAAGGAGCGCGUCGAGGAGAAGGAGGGAAUCCCCCCUCCUCAGCAGCGGCUCAUCUUCAGCGGAAAACAGAUGAACGAUGAGAAGACGGCCGCAGACUACAAAAUCCAGGGCGGCUCCGUGCUGCACCUGGUGCUGGCACUAAGGGGAGGCGUCUGAUGGCACCACCAUCGCACCCCUCGCUGCCUGCUGCUGGUGCUCCCAACCCCACCCUGGCCCACUGACCUUAACCCAUGCCGAUGCAUGCCACCCACCUUUGUUGCGAUGUCCAUUACAGCCAGCGCGAUUGCGUUGUCUCCCGACGCAAGGGCGACCUUCGAGCCGCCUCUGCGUAGCUCCCCCCAACGUUUACGUUUGCCCCUCAAACCACAAGGCUCGACGUCCUGGCACUCUAUCAACGGCGCCCCUCCUCCGCCCUUGCCCCCCCACUUACAGUUCAUUCUCUUCCCCGGUUGUGUUGCAGAUAUGUUUGUAAAAGCUCCAUUAAAAGUUUGAGUUCGAUCCUG